UGAUGAGUCACAUCAAUUAAUUAGGUCCUUUUAUACCACCUUAUAAUGUAAUGUAUCCUUACCGAAAUACUUACUUACCUUACUAUUAUCCGGAUGAGAUGAAGGAAUUACAUUAAUAAAGUACCUAUCGAGUAGAAAUGCUUAAAUGGUACAAUAAUUACAUCCCAAUCUAGGUUGGCUACCCUUGAGAUCAAUGAUUAGUAUCGGAUUUUUUAAAUUAAAGGCUAAGCGAGUACAAUUCCAAUACUUUAGAUGUAUAUUUAUGAUAGACUUUUUGUUCCCUCCCAUUAUGGAAUAAAAUAAAGACAGUAAUUGAAAGAUUUUUACUAGGUUGAACUUGCAAGAGAGGUUUGAUGACUAAUUUAUAAUGACAUCUAAAUAACUUCAUUCAAGAGCUGAAGUAAAAAAUUUUAUAAAAAAGGAAUUUUAUGAAUUGUUGUAAAUCAUUGAUGAAGAAUAGUUUAUGGAUUCAAUUAUUUUAGUUGACGGUGCCUUAAAUAAGUUAGAUCAUUUUUUUUAACUCCUUCAGGACAUUUCAAAUUAUAAAUUUCUUUCAAAACCACCAAAAGCUACUCAUGAAAAAGUUGAGGAUCCUGAAUGGUUUUCUUAGAAAUCUUACCAUAGUUGUAUUGAAUGGAUUGUGAGAGAAUACGAAAAGAAUCUAGCUUAUUAUUUUGCAAUUUCGCAUGAUAAGAAAAAGAAAAUCAAGGAUAAUAAUUAAACCACAAUUAAAAAUAAUAAUUUUGAACUCUAAAAUUUUUUUUAAUUAAAUAUAGCUAACAAUAGAGAGUAGGUAUUCUUUUAUCAUUAUUUUUCAUAGCUAAUAAAGUAUUAUGAAUAAAUAACUAAUGAAAUCUAAAAAAAAUCUGGAAAUCUCGAAAAUAUAUUUUAUUCUAAUAUCUUUUAAAGUCCUGCUAUUAAAACUUAUAAAUCACAGGCAGAAAUUUAAGCUUCAUUUAUUCAAAAGUGCAAUACUGAUUAAAAUAUAAUAAGUUCUAUGUAAAUAACAAAGAUGAGUGAACUUAUUGAAUAAAAAACUUAUUAUCUCAAAAAAUUCUAUACUAUAUUUCUUAACCUUUAUCAAGAGCACUUAGAAUAAGAAUUAUUAAGUAGUGAAUCUUAAUCUAAAUCUAAAACUUCAAAAAGGAAGAAAAAGUAAAAAAAACCCUAAAAACAAACUUUAGUACAGAAUGCUUAAUCAGAGGAGUCAUUAAUAAGGAAUAAUUCUAGAAAUGAUUUAUCCUCCAUGUAACUUUAUUUUAACAUUUAGUGAGAACUUAACAAGUGAUUAAUCAACAUAAGAAGAAGCAUCCAUAAGAUGCUUGGUUUAAGAGUUAAAGAAUACAAAAUUUAUUUAGGAAAUAUAAUUGGGAAAUUCAUUUGAAUCUUUUAAGCAAUCAACAUUUAAAGAAGAGGAAUAGUGGAUUUAAAUUUCCUUAGAUUCUGUGUAAUUAAUAAUUUAAUUAUCUAAUUCUUGCCUGAUUGAAGAACAAGAAUUUGCCUAAAAAUAUUAAUUAAAUAUCAAGUAAUGUAUUAAAAAGAAUAAAUAAAAAUAUCAAUAGCAAAAUAUUGAAAAAUUUGAUCAAUAGAAUAUUUCUAAAGAUAAAUAUUCAAAAUCUUAAUCAUUAUAACCCUCUUCCUAGAAUUCGGCCUUUGAAGCAUAAUUGUAAAAAAAUAAACAGACACCAUCAAAGUAAAGCCUUUAUAAUGUAUAAAAAAUAAAAAAUGAGGAAGACUUAACUUAAUUUUGUAAUAGUAAGGAUAAUCAUGAAUGCUUGGUAUAAUCUUCUGUUAAUUUACGAUAACAAUAGAAAACUAUAUCUGAUAAAUCAAUGAAAAUAAUUAUUGAAGAUAAUACCAAGUUAGGGGAAAAAAAGAUGCUUGAAUUCAUGACGAUGGAUAUUAUUAAUUUUACUGAUAUGAUUUUAUAGGAAUUUGAUGAUCUAUUGCCAUUUAGAGAAUUAGUUUAUAAUAGAGUCAAAGUAACAAUAUAGAGCUUAUUUUUUUUGCAUGAUGAUAAAAUUAAGUAAAAACUAAAAAUAAUAAUAUAUAUAAAGACUCUUUGGUUCUUGUGCAACAGGACUUGCAUUGAUAGAUUCCGACAUUGAUAUUGGCAUUAUUUCGUUUGAAGGUUUUGAGAAAUCAUCACUUCGAUAACCAUUUAACUAAUUGUAUAAUACAUUUCUAUAAACGAAAUGGGUAACAAAAUCAAAGUACACAUUAAGAUGGAUAGUAGAUCUAUUUUUAACACAAUGGUUCCUGUGAUAAAACUUGAAAUAGAUCCAUUAAUACCUUUUAGCGAAUUUGAUUCAAGAUAUUUAAACCUAGACGAUAAUUUAAUAACAAAGUGGAAAUCCAUAAAGCAAAAGGUGAAAUCAGGAAUAAAAGUGGAUAUUUCAUUUAGUUUUCAUCAUAAUCAUUUAGGAUAUGAAUCAACUGAUAUGAUUAUCAAAUGGAUGUAGGAAUAUCCAACUAUCCAACAAUUGGUUUUGAUUUUGAAAACUAUAAUAAAAAAAUUAGGAUAUUCAGAAGCUUUUAAAGGUAAAUAUUUAUAUUCCAUAAAUUUAAGGUGGAUUAUCCUCAUUUUCUUUAAUUGUGAUAGUUUACUGUUAUCUUAGAGAGAAUCGAGUGAAAUCAGAAUUGUUGGGUCAAUAAUUUUUAGAUAUGAUGUACUUCUUUUCUCAUGAAUUCUCACCAGAUAUUUAAGGUAUAGGUUUACCAAGUUUAGAUUAAUUUAUAGAGCCUAACAAACCAAGGUAUAAUGAAAAAAUUAAUAUUAGUUAUUUUUUUUUAUUGACUGAUUAUUGUUUACCUCCAUUGCCAAUAACAAUAUUCUCUCCACUUAACAAUAGAUUGAUUAGUGCUUAAUGUGUUUAAAUUGAUAGCUUAUUGAAAUUCUUCAAAAGAAUAUAUGAUUAAUCAUAAUAAAAUUUAGAAUUUUUCAAUGUUUAUGUGACAUUUGGGAAGAAAAAGUAAUAAAGAUAAAGUAAGGAGAUUAUAAACUUUAUUAACUAAAUCUUAAUGAUGAUUGAAUAAAUAAAAUGA